GUUCCCCACUGGCUCAGCUUAGCUCUGACCUGCACGCUCACGGGCCUUCCCGCGGGGCGCUGCGUGAGGCCUCACGCGCUCAGACCACCACUGCAGACUCCACAGCUGAAGCCUUGAAAAGGGCGGAGAUAACACCUGCCCUUUCUCCCUAGCUCUCGUCAACGAUUGCAACUACUUUGACGUGCCCACAGAAAGACGUAAUCUUUGAGUCCUGUCCUUCGUCGACCAAGCUCCAGUGGCAGCCUUGAUAGUUCUUCAGGUGCUGUCGCUUCGAGACGCUGAAACUCACUCUCGAACAACGAAUGUGGCGGACGAACACAAUGAACGAACCCUUCAACUCCUUCUGUUCUUCUCUCUGAUAAAAAAAAGAAUAAUUGGAACGCUAUGAACAACUGUGUAGCGGUGGCGUGUCGUAUCGGUGGUGUUUGUGAUCCUGGUGACUGGAAUGAGUGACAGGCGGGUGCUGGAUAGCUCUACACCCACACCGAGCUACUCUCUCGCCUACAAACACAGCAACAAUAUCCUUUUAGUCAACAUCGUGCCUCAUCCUCGCCGCCGCUUCUCCGGGUCUGAGCCUACUUGAGUUUUACCUGUCGACUCUUCUCACCUGUAUAUCUGUCAACCCUUCCCGACGUCAGAACCACACGGCAGGAUGCGCUCCCCUGACCGUGACUGCCAGGGGAGUCAGGCGAGGCUGGCGGUGAUUGGCAGCAAGGCGGUGGGCAAGACAGCCCUCACCGUGCGAUACCUCACGAAGCGCUUCAUCGGCGAGUACCAGUCAGACACAGACAUGAUCUAUCGCGCCACCAUGCCCGUCGACGGUGCCAAAAUCGACCUGGAGAUCCUCGAUUUGUCCUCAAACCUGGACGAGGUGGUGGUGCCCAGGGAGACCGUGGCGUGGGCGGAGGCGUGGCUGGUCGUGUACAGCAUCACGUCCCUGGAGUCGUUCCGCGUGUGCGUGCGCGCGGUGGAGGCGGUGACGACGGCGUGCGGCGCGGAGCAGCCCAACCCGCCCGUGCUCAUCAUGGCCAACAAGAAGGAUCUGGAGCACAUACGAGAGGUGCCCGAGGCUGACGGCAGGAAGCUGGCGGAGCAGUACGGGUGCCGCUUCGUCGAGGUGUCCGCCGCCGAGAUGGUGUCCCAGGUGAACGAGUCCAUCGACGGGCUGCUUCGCCAGGUGUCGCAACACAAGGGACAGACCUCGCCUCGCAUGCGCAAGCUGAGCGUCUCCAAGAUGUUCAACCAACUGAUCAACCUGAGCAGCGGCGGCAGCCAGGACCACCGGCCCGUCAUGCCGCGCAUCUCCCUGAGGGACCGCACCAGGAAGAGAGGUCACAUCCUCCACAGCUGAGGCCACACCCGCUGGCGGUCAUUUGUGUUGCUUGACACUUUGGUGAGGCGAGGUCACGGCCUGAAGUGACCCCACAUAACCCCUCGCCAGAGUAACUCCCUUUCCAGUGAGGCUGAAAGGGUUUUCAUUCACUUCCCCUCCCCCUUGAACAAGGUUGAAUAACCUCAAUACUGAAUACUAAUACUCCUCUUGGGCUGCGUUACAUAGAAACUACAUAGAGGAACACACGGACAGAACAUCUUAGUGUGGCGAGUUGGCGUUGGAUGGCCCGCCACCGAAUCUUCUUUAUCAUGUGGCUCCCAUCCCCGUGAAGGCUUUGUCGACUUCUGUUGCAAACAGUUGCGUGUGUUGUCUACAACGCCGCCUUCCCGAGACCCACGCAGCCCGUCGCACCUCUUAGAACCUGGCCACGACGAAGGCUGUGAUGAACGACACCCCGCCCGGCGAGCGAUGAAUUAUUGGAAUGGCGGGGCAGCAAGUCGAGCCGCCACCGCCCCUUACCUGCCACUCCACAACUCGUACACGACCAACGAUCCUCAAGGAAGGCCAUGUGGGUGGUGAGACGCGCCAGCGUCGCGUCUUGUUCUGUGCCGCUUCUCCAGGGACCCGCUGAGGUGGCCUCAUGCUGUGUCCUGCUCAGUGUUAUCAUUCACCUGACGGUCACCUGUCUCAACCAAAGUUUGUAACAUAGUUCGGUGCGGCCUCGUAUAGAGAACCACACUGUAUUGUUUUCCGCUCGCCUUCUAGGAGGGCGAUGAUGUUUUCGUCGUUGUCCGUCUCUGUUGGUUUCUCUGUUUGUGUAUACGUCUGUUACCAGUAUAUCUCGAGAAAGGAUCGAUGCUGCCACCAAAUUCAUAUAAAAAAAUAUCCUUAGGUAAAUAUCUUAAAUUAACUCAAUUUUGGGAAAAUCCGAUAAAACUGACUAAAUUAUGGUUAAUGAAUGACCUGCCUUUGCAUUGAGAGCAGACUAUGCGUGCUCCAAUAGAUGGCUAUAUACACACAGCGCCAUCACGCGGCCAACCACAGAACUGUCAAAGAGGUACUUUUACUAGUGAGCUUGGUUCUUUUUUCUAUUCCUGAAUUCCGGAAUACAAGUUAUUGUUUGAUGCCAGAUGUCCAAUCAAAGUACCUGCUGGUCGGGAAAAACAUAUUUCACCCAGCUCCCGUAGAUUUUAAGAUUUGCGUCUAUUUAUGGCAUAUAUGACCUCUGAAUGCCGAAUGUACGCGGGCACUUAUCUACCUCAUGAACAGCCCCGCACUGAACUUGAUCUUGAAGUUGGGAGUCAUCCAUAGCUGUAUUUUGCUGUCUGGCAUCUCUAAUAUAAUUCAAUUUGAUAUUAAAUGGGUAUUAUUUCUGAAGGUGCAGCUAUUUCGACUUCUGGUUUAAAAGUAAGUGCUUCACACGCUCACUGCUGCGGUAGGCAACUUCAAAACUCUAAAAAGUUGAUACACAAAGGGUAAAGCGUCCCCUUUGCGAACCGAUAGCCAACACGGUCUGUUUGUGGCCCUGUGCACCCAGCAAUGAGUAAAUACCGGAAGUUACGUAUUCUGUGGAAUACUCAGUUUGCCUAUCGCGCGCCUUCAAGGGGGGCGAUAAUGUUUUCGUUGUCCAUCUCUCUCCAAGUCCACAUGAGAUAAAUCUUAUGUGUAUAUCUCAAGCUGAUUAAAUGUGAGAAAAUUGCAGUAAAGACCGACUGUAUGAUAUUGAACAAAUCAUAAAACCUGAUAAUGAAUGACUUCAGGCGGCCAUACUGAAAAUUCUCCUUUUAUUAAAGGGCAUACCAGAGAAGGUGCUGCCCAGGGGGUGGCCAGGCUCCUUUCUGAUAAAGACUGACAAUGAAUGAUAGCGGCCAUCUUCAAAUUUUCAGUUUGACCAAUAUGGCGGGUAAUAUGUAUUUGGAAUACGCUCUUUUAUAAGUUGAUAUUCGGCGGAUGUUCAGGUGUUGCUUGCUACUUGCGGCAUCAUAAUAUGCCGGUCACCUGACGCGCCCCUUUGCCUCCAGAACAACCGUAAACAUAUCCAUCAGUUAGUUUUCAUUUCUUUUUCCCUAAAAUUUACAGUCGCUUCUUUAACGAGCAUGAGUGGCGUUAGAGAGCGGUUAGUGGCCUCCAAGAAUACAGGUCAUGACACACAAUAAAACACACACCCGGCCACGUGCUCCACUCCUGUGUACUCCCUUACAAAUGAUCAGUCACACCUCGAUCACCCCUCAGGUGUCAUCAUAAAUAGUAGUAGUAGUAGUAGUAGUAGUAGUAGUAGUAGUAGUAGUAGUAGUAGUAGUAGUAGUAGUAGUAGUAGUAGUAGUAGUAGUAGUAGUAGUAGUAGUAAUAGUAAUAGUAAUAGUAGUAGUAGUAGUAGUAAUAGUAGUAGUAGUAGUAGUAGUAGUAGUAGUAGUAGUAGUAGUAGUAGUAGUGGCAGUAGUAGUAAUAUGGAUGCUGCUGCUGAAGGUGGAGUAGUAGUUAGCAGGUGCAGCAGUAUUUCAUUUUUUGUUGAUGUUCAGUUGGCAUAUUUUGUAAAAAACAUAUAUUAAUAUAUUUUGAAAUAUAUUGUAAUGAUAAAUUAAUUCAUUUCGUUGAAACGUUCGUUAGAAUCAAUUCCAUGUAGCUAUAUAUAUAUAUAUAUAUAUAUAUAUAUAUAUAUAUAUAUAUAUAUAUAUAUAUAUAUAUAUAUAUAUAUAUAUAUAUAUAUAUAUAUAUAUAUAUAUAUAUAUAUAUAUAUAUAUAUAUAUAUAUAUAUAUAUAUAUAUAUAUAUAUAUAUAUAUAUAUAUAUAUAUAUACUAUUAUUAUUUGUAAAAAGUAAGGCAAAUAUAUUGACUUUACUUAGGCUUAAGGUGAGAUGACUCAUAAGUCAGCAGGCCACAGUGAGACGUUUGCAGACAGUCAAGAGUGUUGCGAGGCCCCGGCGUCCCCUAGCAUGUGAGCACACCUUUAACCUGUAUGUAGGCUUCAUGUCAGACUCACUUGUACACUGAAUGAAGAGAACAUGUUCAAUAGAUGAAUUGCAUCAAAUAUCACAUUGUAUA